CAAAAUUUCGUUGUCUUGUACAAUGACAAUAAAGUUCUAUUCUAUUCUCCUUAAAGACAUGGAGCUGUGGAAUAUGACCGCGGUGCCAGCUGAGCCGUUCCCACGUCUGUCGAACUGCACCGUGGACACCAGCUACCGCUUCACCUUCUACCAGGUGUCCUACAGCGUCAUCUUCCUGCUGGGCUUGGCCACCAACAGCCUGGCUCUGCGCCGACUGUGCCUGUCUCCCUGCACCAUGAACAGCACCGCCAUCUACAUGCUCAGCCUGUCGGCCGCCGACUUGUUUUUUGUCAUCUCUCUGCCGCUGAGAAUCUACUACUAUCACCAAAAAGGCAGAGCGUCGUCCUCCAAGGCAGGAGACCCGUCCGGCUGGACCCCCGGGGCGGCGUACUGCCACCUCACGUUCACCCUCAAAUACAUCAGCCUGUACGGGGGCAUCUUCUUCCUGGUUUGCAUCGCCGUCGACCGUUAUUUUGCGGUUGUUCACCCGCUGGCGUCCACGCUCCGCAGGCUGCGUGUUGCACAGCUGGUGAGUGGGGGGAUGUGGUGCGUGGUGCUGGGGCUCAGCGUGGGGCUGCCUCUGCUGCGCUCUGCAGCCGCUCGCCAGCAUCAGCCCUGCCUGCUGGACCCGUCCUCGCAGCGCCACCGCACCGUCAUCCUGGUGGCUCUGGGCCUGGUGUUGGGGUCGUUCCUGCUGCCCACGGCGCUGCUCCUCUACAGCUACUGCAGGGUGCUGAGCGUGCUGCGGCGGCCGAGGCAGCGCUCCCGCAGCCAGCGGCGCAGCCGGCAGCACACUCUCACGCUGAUCUACUGGGUGCUCGGCAUCUUCCUGCUGUGCUUUGUGCCCUACCACAUCAACCUGCUGGGAUACACACUCACACAUGUGGGGCUGCUGCCCCACUGUGGCCUGGCCAAGGUGACCAAGGCUGUGCACCCUGUGGUGCUGUCGCUAGCUAGCUCCAACUGCUGCCUCAACCCACUCAUCUACUACUUCUCCAGCAGCCUGGUACACAGGGAGGCGCCCGGUGGUGGAGGCAGUGGCAGCCACUGACACAGAUCCUUUCUUUAUUAUCUGAAGAGCACUGGACUACUCUGUUGAUUCACACAACUGGCCAGAACUUUGUUUGUCUGUAUUUCUUUAACUUUUCUGGUUGUUAUUUCGC